ACGACUUUCACCUGAAAAUAAGAAUGAUGACAGUCAUAUUGUCAUGUCGUUUGUAUUCAGUGAAGCGUACAAAUGUGAUUUCGAUGUAAGUUUAACAGUAAUUAUAACGCCAUCUCUAUCGCCACUAAUUGUUACAUGGAAUACCAUUUGUUUUCCUCGCCGUAAUUAAAUAAGUUUGUGCUCUAUCAACUGCCGACGCUUGCCAACAUGACUUUCUCUUCAAUAUUGAAUGAAAAAUGCAGUUUGGUGAUAGGUCUUUUAAUCUGUAUGUUCAGUGAUCUGGAGUUUUCAAAAUCCCAAGAUACAAUAGAUAACGGAUUGAUUAUAUCGCAACUUCCCAAUCUAUUUUCUUCCGGAUCCUUAACAACAUUACCAGGCAGCAUUGAUGCAUUUAAAACUGCAUCCAUUUUCCCUGUCAGGAACUUUAAUUUUCAUCAAACAACAGAAAUAGUGAGCAUAGCGACGGAUGCUAACGACAGAAAGAUCUACCUCUUAGAUGGAAAUACUCGUAGUUUGUACAAAAUGAACAACUUUAAUGUGUGGUUGAACGACUCCUCUCAAUCCAUCACUUUGUUACAUGAAGGUAUAUCCAAAACAUCAACGAAACUGGCUUACGAUUGGUUGACGAAAAAUAUUUACUGGACGGACGAAUAUUACAAUUGGAUUGGUGUUCAGUCAACAAACGAUUCAGAUUCGUCCAUGUUUCGGGUUCUAGUGGAGAGUGGUCUUUCUAAACCACUGGCCAUUGCAGUGGACCCUCUGGUUGGAUAUCUAUUUUGGUCGGAACACGACGAAACAGGAAAAAUAGAACGUGCUACUUUAGCUGGGGAAGAACGUGAAAUCAUAGUGACGGGGGCAGUUUGGAUUCCGGAUAUGGCAGUAGAUACUGAAAGUCAAACUAUCUACUGGAUCGACAUUCAGAGAAAUACAGUGGAAAAAUGUGAUUAUAAUGGAAAAAACCGGAAAGUUGUACGAAGGUCAAAGUUCACCAGUAUUACAAUGAGUGGUAUUACCGUCUAUAAGGACUUGGUGUGUGUGACCGAGUAUCAUUCCUACUUAGUCACGUGUUUAGACAAAACAACAGGAGAUAACAAAUGGAUGCGCUACUUCCGGUCGCGCACGCCAUGGGCCAUCAGCGUGUAUGAUAAGACUACUCAAAAACUCAUUGAUCAUAGCUGUAAAACUAUGAAAUGUCAACAUUUUUGUGUGAAUACCCCCAACGGAGGAAAAUGUAUGUGCAAGUCUGGUUACCAGCUAGCGAGUGACGAGGUUACAUGUAGAGUUGAUCACUAUUUGUUCCCCAAAGGAUUGUUCAUUGCAAAUAAGACAGACAUCUGUAUGUUGGAUAUCCGGGUGAUUACCAGUUUGUCACACGAACCUAAAUGUCUUCCAGUCAAGCCAAAGUCAGUCAGGCUCCUCGCCACUUCCGCUCUGGACAAUCGCCUUUAUUUCACCGACAGUGGUUUUCUGUACUCUUUUAACUUUGUCACAAACAAAACUUCAUCGCAUACACGUGUCGGAAAAGUCGCAGGACUUACGUUCGAUUGGAUAGAAAAUAUGCUAUACUGGAGUGAUUCAAAAAGCAUCAGUGUGUUUUCUGUGGCAUCAGAGAUUGUCAACAAGGUUAUAAAUAACACAGAGAACCCGUCCUACCUUACCGUCUGUCCUUACCACAAGAGGCUGUACUGGAUCACUUCGUCCACCGCCGGGGACAGUAUAGUGUCCUCCUCCUUGGAUGGGAGUAACAUCACCACUCUGUACACCAGUAAGGGCACUGGAGGACUGACGGGUCUGUUUUAUAAUGUCGGCUCUAGUAGCUUAUUUUGGAUCGACAAUGAAAAUUUAAAGAGUGUCAAAUACGAUGGAUCAGACCUGCAGACGUAUUUCUCCGUUAAUCAUGACAAGGAGCUUGUUGUAUACAAAGACUACAGCUUAUCCACAACUACCGAAAACGAGCUCCAUUCGGCAUCCCUCGCGUCUCGCCGAAUCGAGCUGAUGGUUGAGCUCGAUGGGUUCGGAAAACUUACUGGGAUGGCGGUAUAUGACCCUGGACUUCAGAAAAUGGAGAAAGGGCCCUGUGAUUUACAUAACGGAGGGUGUGAACACAUUUGCUUACCAAAGGGAACAUUCAGGAAGUGUAUAUGUGCUUUUGGAUAUCAAUUGGAAUUGAAUGGAGUAAACUGCUCGAGUGUUGCCGUGAAGAAUAACUACAUUCUAACAGUUGACUUCACCCACAAGAAGAUUUACCAGAUAUCAACACAGUCAGCCGUGGUGUCUGCAUUGGAUAUUCAAGAAGACUACUCACCGGCACGCGCUAUCGUUCAUGAUGUGACCUCCGACAUCUUCUGGUCGGAUUACAGACAUCGACAAAUUAAAAAAAUGUCUAUGGACGGCAAAAAUGUCACCACUGUUUUAAAUCUAGGUUCCUUUACUCCGUUCGGGAUUGCGCUUGACUAUUCCACGGACCUUCUAUAUUACGCUGCCGUUCUCUCCGGAUUGACAAGUGCUUCUUUUAUCGGUGUUGUGGAUCCAUAUACAGGAAUUGACCGCCGGGUCAUCACUGACCUCGCAGCCGCUUAUGAAGUUGUUCUAUAUCCAUCAGAAGGGUACCUCUUUUAUACGGACAGUGGUGAUGUGCCUUACAUCGGGAGAGCAUCUAUGGAUGGUUAUUUUAAAAGAGCAAUUGUAGCCACUGGUAUCCGCCAGAUCAAUGGGCUGGCUAUUGACUAUAUUUCAAAACGUCUUUACUGGACCGAUGGCGUUAAAGACACAAUUGAGCAUUGCGAUUUUAAUGGCGAAAACAGAAUCGUUCUAUUGACCGAUGAACAGGCUCACUUAGCUAAUCUUGUCGUCUCCGGAAGUUACAUCUACUACACCGCUAUCAAUCGACAACGGGUGACUAAAGUGAACAAGAACUCGGGCUAUAAGGUACACUGGAUGAUGGACUCGUACGAGUAUGGCAGACUAGAAUCCGUGGACACCCAUCCAGGGGAUUUACAGCCAGUGAAUGAAAAUUGCAUAAAUAAUAAUGGAAACUGCAGUUCGUUAUGUAUACCAACUCCUACUGGUUACGUAUGCGCAUGCGGAGAUGGAAUUGAAAUGAAAGACAAAUAUACCUGUUCAAAAGGAACAAAAAGGAAGCCACUAGCAUAUCUACGAAAAAUUAACUAUCUUGAACCUGAAGAUUCUGAAAACCACCUUGGACCAGAGACUGACAGUCCAAGUGCCAGAAAAGUGGAUGAGGGGAGUGACAAAACUCCACUUAUUGCGGGGGCCGUCCUAGGGGGCGUAAUUCUUAUCGGUAUCGGGCUUAUAAUUGCGUUCAUAUACUUCAAACGCAGAAGAAUAUCCAAAUAUGAGGAGCAAAUAGACACACCUAAAGUCAAAUUUGCAAAUGAUAAAGGAAUUGGGAAUACUGGAUUUGCGGAAGAAAAUCCUGAUGUAAGGAUCACUUCGUGAAUGGAGCUCCCAUUACAUAGACCAUACAAUCUGUCAUGUCAUGAUUCUACAAUGGGUAAUAAAGUAUUACUAGUGUUGUAUCAUCAUCAGGGAGCCAGAGGAUUUGUAUAUUGUACAGGUUGUGAUAUGUUAAAAUCAUGUGUGUUUUGAUAAGAGACAUUUUAUUUUGUAGUAUAUUUGUUGAAAAUGUUAAAAACAGUUCACACAACAGAUAGUUUUAUCCUAACUGUCAUAACGUUACCAAGUAAUAUCUUUCAUUUUCUACAAGUACACUUGUCUCGAAAAACGUUUUGAUUUACUAAUAAUGGAGGAUUGAUUUAAGCGACACCUAGUAAGUGUUGCCAAUAUUCUUCAUUUCAUGUAUACAUGUACAUUUAACUUAGUGCAAUUUCGAAAAAAAAUUGUAAUCAUAAUUCUCAUCACACAAAUAUACAUGUAGCAUCAUAUCAACAAAUAAAUAAAUUUUAUAUA